CCACUACACAUGCAGGCUUAUGUUGCAGGUACAGCGGUGGUUUUAGAUUAAGUGUGAUGUGCCACGUGUCUGCAUAACUAAGGAACCGUAGAAGACCAGACAUGGCGUGUGAUGGAAAAUCUGUGUUUGUUCUGAUGGUGUUUUUGGUCGUUGUAUGUAGCAAUGAUACAGCCAGAGAAGAACUAGGACCCAUGGUGACGGACAAAGUUUACUUUGACAUUCGAAUGGGCGAUGAAGAGAUAGGGCGUAUGGUGAUUGGUUUGUUUGGAGAUGUGGUUCCUAAGACUGUCCUCAACUUUAAAACCCUCGCCGAGGGCACCGUGGUUCGAGACGGAAAAAGAUUAACGUACGAGGGAGUUCGUUUUCAUCGUAUCAUCAAGGACUUCAUCGUACAAGGAGGGGAUAUAACUCAGGGAAACGGAUAUGGAGGGAGAAGUAUAUUUGAAAGUGCAAGAUUUCCGGAUGAGAAUUUCCAUCUUGCACAUUACGGGGCUGGGUGGGUCAAUAUGGCACAUCACGGUAAAGACACAAACUCCUCACAAUUCGCCAUUUUUGCCGUCCCGGCUCCAUGGUUGGAUGGGAAGCACGUGGUUUUUGGAAAGGUUUUGGCAGGAAUGGACAUAUUUCGGAAGAUGGAGAACGUUCGUACAGAUAGUAAUGACCGCCCCCUUGUGGAGAUUACUGUUGCCAGAUGUGGAUCACUCCCCGUUGAUAAACCAUUCCGUGUGGAUUUAAAACCAAGUCCUGAAUGAGGACUACCAUAUUGAAUAUGAAGAAAAAGCUCAGCGCCUUUGUCUGCCAAGAAAGAAUGAUGAGAAUGUAGAAAAGGCACACAGAAGUCAGCGGUUUAACAGACACAGAAAACAGUUUAUCAAAAUAUAUGGAUAUAAUUGGAUACUUCAUUUCAGUUAAAAAUCAAACAUGGAUCAGAAUUCCGUGCAGUUAAAAGACUGAAAGUCGCGUGCAAUUCGAUAAAAAAUAAAGGUACAAUUAAAAACUGAAAGAUAUUUACUACUUUACGAUAGGGAGAUUAAUAAAAGAAACAAAGUUCUAUAUCAGCAAUGUUUAAGUUUUUACAUAUACACUUGUACAUGCAUAAUAUAGGUAGAGAAAAACAGG